AUGAUUAAAAUUAUUAUAGGUGUAAUAGGUUAUUAUAUUUUAUACAGCUCCUACCAUAUAUAUGAAAAUAUUAAGAGUCCAAUUUUUAAUGAUGGUAAUGUUAUAAAAAAUAAUGAAGGUGAUAAAAACGAGCAAUUGGUUAUCCCUAAGGAGGGUAAAAAAAGGAAUAGUAUUAAUGAAGAAGAAGAGGAAUAUAUAAAUAAGCCUUUUAAGAAUGUAUUAAAAAAAGAUGACAUAAUUGAUUAUCAUUUAUAUUUUUCUUGUGAAGAAGAUAUAGAUAUAAAUAAACAUAUGCAAGACAAAUAUUUAGAAAAGGAUGAAAGAUUUAUCAGUGUAUAUAAAAUAUUGAAUGGUAAAUAUAGCUGGAAUAAUAAUGUAGAUUUGUUAGAUGAAAAACGGAAGAAGAAUUCUUUUUUUUUUUUGUUUGAAAAAGUACAUCCAUCAUUUGAUAUUAGUAUACCCAAAGAAUUAAUUGAUCAAAGGAAGGAUAUUUAUUUGCAUAUCUUGACUUAUGUUAAUAAGGAAUUGUACAGGUAUGGUUCAAGAACGGUUGUGAUAACAAAGAGGAAGGAAAAGACAACAACACGAGGUAAGAAAAAGUUUUUGUGGAAAAGUCUUAUUGAUGAGGAGGAAGAAGAAGAGGAAGAGGAGGAGGAAGAAGAAGAGGAAGAGGAGGAGGAAGAAGAAGAGGAAGAGGAGGAGGAAGAGGAGGAAGAGGAGGAGGAAGAAGAAGAGGAAGAAAAAAAAUAUCAACAUGGAAAUUAUGAAAAAGGAGGAUCCUAUAAGGUUCAUAAAAAUAUAUCAAACAAUAAACCAAAUAAUAAAAAUCCAAAUGACAAAAGGGAUAUAAAACAUAACAAUAAUAAUAAUAAUAAUAAAAUGAAGAAGGAUAAUUUUAUUAAAAGUAAUCAAAACAGUUUGAAUAUUCAUAAAAAAAAAAAGAAAAGAAAACAUAAAGAUUUUUUAUUUUAUAUUCCCAAAAAAAUAAGAUUUGGACCGGUUAUUGAAUAUAACGAUUUCCAUAUUAGUAAGUUAGGUUUUUUUUCAAACAUGCAUGUAGAUAAAGAUACGAAUACAUAUUUGUUACCUAUAUAUAUUAAUAAUGAUUUAACACCUGAUGAUGAGUAUCGAAUGAUUAAGAUGAAAAAUUCUGAUGAUAUGAUGAAAAAGAAACUAAAAAAGAAACGAUCAUCAGAAAAAAAUGAUCCAUAUUAUAAAGAGAAUGUAAGAAAUGAUAAUAAUAAUAAUAAUAAUAAUAAUAAUAUAAAGAAUAAUUAUUUAGAAAUUUACGACUUGUCAAAGAGGACAUAUGAAAUGAGAAAUGAGAGGAACAAGAAGAUAUACGAGAAAAAUAGUAGCAUAAAUAAUAAUGUUCAUAAAUUAGAACAUGAACUAAUGGAUUAUAUAAUAAAUAUAGAAUAUGUGCCUAUAAAUUAUAAUUAUUAUAAUUUGUUGAAUAUGUUAAAAUUUAAUGUAUCAUAUGUAAAAAAGAAAUAUAAUUUUAUAUCUUUUGAUAUGGAUAGUAUAACUACAUUUUUAUGUUGUCAUAUAACAUGUAGCAUGAUAAUAUAUAUAUUAUGUAUUAUUUAUAUUAUAAUGGAAAUUACGUAUUUAUUAUUUGAUAUAAAAAUGUGGAAACGUUGGAAUAAUUUAUACACCUUUACAUAUAAUAAUGAUAUUGUUAUGAAUAUCACAUUACUUUUUUUUAUCUUAUUAUAUUUAAGGAAUAUUGAUUAUGGUAGAGUUAUUAUGAUAUAUUAUAUAAUGAAGAUGAUGGUACUAAUAUUUAAAAUAAUAUAUAAUUAUGAUAUAUGUAUAUUGAAUGAUUAUCCAUAUAUAUGUAUGAAUAAAAAGUCUUUAAAAGAAAUGAAUAAAGAAAUGAUAAUGGAUGAAGAAUUUGAAAAAAAAAUAAAAAAAAAAGUAAAUAUAUUUAUGAUCUUUAGUAUUAUCCUAAUAUUUAUAUAUAAUUAUUUUUAUACAAAAUAUGAUUCUUAUUAUUCAUAUGUAAUACAUACACUUGGUUUCUCAUCCUAUCUUUAUAAAUUUAUUUUAAUGUUACCUCAAAUUAUAACAAAUAUUUACACACGUACCGUACAGAGGAUGUCAUUUCCAUUUUUUCUUUUCUUACUAGUGAAUGUAUUAAUUAAUGAUCUUUUUAUAAUUUUUUUAAGAAUGCCAAAGGUACAUAAAUAUUAUUUAUUUGCAGAUGAUUUCAUUCUCUUUCUAUUUAUAAUACAAUAUUGUAUUUAUAAAAAAGAAAAUAAAAUAUUCGGUGCUCGAGAAAAGUUGGUACUUUUGAAGAAUGCAAAAAAAAAUAAAUGA